ACAGAACUUUUAUCGAGGAUUAAUAUUAAGAAAUUGAUAAAUAUCUCAGAUAAAAUUAUUUCUUGUAGUUUUUUGCAGUUUCUGUUAUUGAUAAAAAUGGAGUGGGCUGAAUUAAUUUUUUGGGCAAUUUUUAUUUUCUUCAUGUCCGUUGUUUUUCCAAUUGUUUUAGUCGGUUGCAUUUUGUGUGUUACAAUUCGAAGACAACAUCAAAUAAGACCAGUUCCUUCAACACCCUAUAUUAUUGAUCAAACUGCUCGACAGACGGAACCUCCUUAUCCAGGAAUUCUAGUUUCAUCUUAUCCAAAUAAUUCUAUCCAACGAAAUAGUAUGAAUGACAAUAGUGUUAAUCUACAAAUUAGAGACGUUCCACCUCCAUAUUCAACGGUUCCUGGAUCUCAAUUUCCUGUACUUCAGCCUCAACUUCCUUAUCCAGAACAAAAUGUUGCACAUUUUCCAGUUCCAUCAAGUGGUAGACGUGUGCGAUUCAACAUUGAGAAACCGCCAAUUUUCGAUGAUGCAUCAACCGCAACCACAGUUCAGCCAAGCAAUCCUCCCGGUGAGCCAGCUUAUCAAAUAUCAGUGCAAGCAACAUAUCAAAAUGAGCUUAACAAUCAGUCACCGAAUCAAACUACAUUCCAAGCACAAGCGACUAUUCCAAAUUCAAUUCCGAUGCAAACACUGACAAGACCUACAACAUUAGCAUUAUCUCCAACAGAGCAAUCCAUACAGAAUCAAUUUAUUCCAAUUCCAUCGCCUUUUACAUCACAAGAACCAACAAGCUUCCCACCAAUACCCUCAUCGUCCUCAAAUCGCACAGUAAAUAGUCCAGAACAUGAUGAUCCGCCACCAAGCUAUCAUAAAAUCGAUAAAUUAUAGUUAAAAUUGUUGGCAGCAGAUGAAGCUAUUGAGGCCGUUCACUUAUGACGUCCAGGGAGAGGGGGGG